AAAUAAUUUAAUGUAGACGGUAAUUGGCUUUAAAACGUUUAUUAUUGGAAAUGAUACUCCAGGAAAUUUCAUUACACUUCCAUAUCGUAAUAUGCGUGUAAUGUAACAUUUACCCUUCGCGUGCACUGGCAUUACGUAUUUUAUUUGCUUUUUUUUAUUACAUAUUGAAUAAUCACGAUCAUCCCGCGUUUCUCACAAAAUAUCGCAACCAAUCAGAGUGCAGGGAAUUACGCGUGGAAGUGACGUUUUUAAAUGUUUCGCCUACCACAGCGCGAGCAAAGAGGCGAAAACGUCUGCAGAACAGGGAUCAUUGUUUUUCCAUCAUGGCAAACCCCGCGAAGAAUGGAGGGAAAUAACGCAUUAUAAUUUUUUGUCCCACAUAUGCAAAUCUGUGCAUGAGAAACAUGGCAGAUUCUGACCUUUACAUGCAAUGUGAUGAAGAUGAUCUAGAGCCAUGCCAGAGUAUUACAGAAAACAGGGACCAGCGAUAUAACAAAGUUACUGUAGUCCCAAGUGGCAAUAGUGCACCGGCACAAUCUGAUGGCACCUCUAAACCGACAUCAGCUCCUGCGGUUACGUUACUGCCGAAUGCUGUCCAGACAGGUGGAGCUGCAGGAGGCACACAGACUAUCUACAUCAGUGCACAGCCCAAUCCAGGUCAGCCUCUGGCAGGCUCAAUGGGAUUGGGAAGUUUGGGAACAUCACUUGGUUACAUCUUGAAUGGACAGCCUAUUAGUUUUCUGACUGCUGGUCAGACACCCCAGUUAAUUUCUCCGCGGAUGGUCACCCCAGGGAGUGCAGGACAGCAAACGACGCCUGGGAAACUAUCUACAUUGCAGAUCCCAGUCACCUUGACCAUCAAUAACCCCUCAAACUUACAAAGCAUCACCUCAUCGGCCCCAGGAGUGUCCACUCUUAAUGUGACCCCCUCCAACGUCCAACCAGCCACAGCUCCAGGUGCAACAAUUAAAGUUAUAAAGUUUACGAAGCUUCCUGGAGCACCUGCAGCUUCUGGUCAAGUACUGAGUUCACUAGUGCAGCCCACCAAAACCUUCACCAUCCAAAACAAUAUAACAAACCGAGCUCCAGGCCCGUUCCUGUCUGGUGGGCUGUCUCAGACUGUGAGACCUCAAGCACAGAUCUUUGCCCCUCCUCCUGCCUCAACAACUAACGCAUUGAAAAGGCCCUCCAGUUCUUCGAAUUUCUGUGCUCGCUGUAAAGCAGUUUACCAGAAGAGUCAGUCCCUCCGUGGAUACUUCUGUCAAUGCAAUCAAGAUCUUAUCAAGAGCGUCAAGGACCUGAAGGCCCAAACUAGAAAAAGGAUCAAGCGGCCGAGUGACAAAACCCAGUCAAAACCCGCCACAUCUGAGACUGUUUCCUUCUCCUCGUCCUCAGAAACGUCUCUCAAACACGUCACCACUUCUGAGAUACCUGAGGGAGUGCCUAGUCCUCGCUCUGGAGAUUUUGAUGACCAGGGCAGAAUGAUCAUGCUAGUUGAAGACUUCUUCUAUGGGCAGCACCCUGGCCAGCCUCCAUCAUUAAGAACCAAUUCAGAAACCAUCUCAAUGAAAUGCCAACUUUGUGACAAGAAGGUGAAGGGCAACAUCAAGAUGAUGAACCACAUGAAACACCACAUGGAGUUGGAUCACCAAACAGGGGAAGUAGACUAUCAUACUAUGUGCCAGCAUUGCUACAGAACCUUUUCAACACCCUUCGAUCUGCAGUGCCACGUUGAGGCAGUUCAUAACCAAGCAGAGUCCUCAAAAGUGUGCAAGAUCUGUGAGUGGUCCUUUGAGAACGAACCCCUCUUUCUGAACCACAUGAAACAGGCGCACAAGCCUGGUGAGAUGCCCUACAUGUGUCAGGUGUGCGAGUUCAGAUCCUCUUUCUACCAAGAUGUUAUAAGCCACUUCACAGAGCAGCACAAGGACACCUGUAUCUUAAUGUGUCCCUUCUGCUUAAAAGUAUUUCGGUCUUAUAUCGGCUUCCAGUUGCACUACACUAGACACCAGAAAAGAACAGCACAUCAUUGUGGCCGAUGCCGACUUCAAUUCAUUCAUGACAAGGACAAGUGGAAGCACAGACACAGGUUUCACAGGACAUGUGUCAAACCCAAGCAAUUGGAGGGCCUCACGCCUGGUACUAAGGUAAUCAUCCGAGCUUAUGCUGACAGUACUGACAACAGAGAUCAUUUAGGAGCACCUUCAUUGAACACUUGCUCAAGUGCCACAUCAACAACUGCAGCAUCUCAAAAUGUCACCAAUAAAGUCAUUCCUGUCAAGAAAAAGCCAGUGGAAAGCAUGAUGGAGCUAAUGGUCAAGUUUGAGAGUCAAUGCAAGCCAGCAGAAAAACACUUCUGCAUGGAAUGCACAUAUGACAUUCCGUAUUUUUCCAACCAUUUCCCCACGUAUGUGAGCUGUUCCCUCUGCCGAUACUGUACUUGCUGUUCCAGAGCUUAUGCCAAUCACAUGAUCAGUGUACAUGUUCCUCGGAAAAGCACCAGAAAAUAUAUUACCCUUUACAAACCCUGCCCAAAGAAGGGGAGGCUAAACUGUGUCACAUGUAGAUACAAAACUCGGGUUGGAGAUUCGAUGGCCAAACAUCUCGCUGACUAUCCUAAACAUCAAGCAAGCCGGUGCACCUUGCGGGAAGGAUUUUCACGUGGCUAUAAAAGAUUUGUCUUCAUCCCAACGGACCUACUCCGAGGAGGUCAGAUACUCAACAACGCGUUUUUCUUGCCUUUGCAAGUGAAGCAAGUGGUCACGAGUUCAUUUCCUCUGUCCUCUAAACCCCUUCCUCGACCCACCUACACGAUAACACUGCCCGCUAGUCCCGCUCACACGCUGUCCUUUCCAAUUCAGGUUCAACCUAUUGAACAAAGUGCCGUUUCAGACAAAAAAUGUGCGGUCAAACCAGAUGCCCCGAAGCAAACUCCAAAUGGAGGUCUUUCUAAAGUCGACACAGGACGUACAGUGGAAAACACGCUUACCGUAGCUCAGCUGAAAGUUGUACUGUACGCCCUCUGCUGUGGAAUCCCACAGGCCGCCAAUCACUUCGACACUCCACCGGAAGAUGUCCAGUCAUUGCUCUUGAAGCGUCAGCGUCAGAUUGAGCCCUCGAGGAGCAGAGGAGAAGGCUUGACGCCACAGGCAUCCGAUAGGUUAGUGGAAUGGGUGCUAUGCCAACGUGAGCAACAGCUACCUAUCGAUGAAGCUAAUCUGUUCGACUUCAUGAGCAGUCAUGGUGCGCAGGAUAUCUCUUACGACUCGGCGGUUGAUUUCUUGCUACGCCACGAUCUGGGCUUGCAGGCAUUCGCCACAUCCAGCAAGUUGCUACCGGAUAAAUCCCAGGAGCUGGAGCGUUCCUUCAGCAGCUUUCUGAAAAAGCAAGUAAUUUCGCAAACAUUUAGACUAUCUUCUAUGGGCGCCAUGGAUGAGCUUUCCAUAUUUGUAGAUAUGGAGCAACUGGAUGAAGCCUCUGCGGAUUCGUCGUCCAUGUUGUCUGCUUUUAAGUUGAUGGGCACCACAAAUCCACUCAUAGAGGUUGUGUUCACAGCCCUGGCUGAUGGGACCACGUUAUCCACCAUGCUUUUCCUCAGAGGCGAACCUCUCAAGCCAGAUGCGCAUUCCUUGCCAGACUUCAUUAUCCUGGAGGCUAGACCAGAAGGGUUCACGGAUGAAGAAAGACUACAGCUUUGGUUGGACAAGGUGUGGUGUCGGCAUGUCAAACCUAAAUCUGGAGGCAAAGGGUUGCUGAUAAUUGACGCGUACAAAGGCCACACGUCUAAUGAAUUCUUGGCAGCGCUCAACAGCACGAACACUCUUCCAGGUCCGAUCCCUCGCAGUUGCUCUCGUCGUCUGCAGCCCCUGGAAGCCUGCCUGGGGCCUGUGUUACGCGAGUUUCUGCAGGCUCGAUGGAGCGAGCAUGUGACGACGGCGCCACAGGAACUGGUUGGAGCCAAACCAGCAGACCUUGCGCAUCUUCUCUCUCGCUGGCUUGUCGAGCUACUGGAUGUCCUUAAAGCAGAGCCCAAGCUUCUUUUCCGCUCUUUCGAUCGGGUUUUGAGCUCAAACCCAGAGGUGACGUCCGAGGAACCUUCAGAGCUCGUGCGGAGUCUCACUGAAGCUCUCCUGGUCCGUAAAAUGCAAGGAGAUAAAGUUGAGCAGAAAGCUGAGAUCUCCGGUGUCGCUUCUGUAGAAUCCUCUCCGCAGUCCAGCAUGACUUUUUUGAAAAAGAUGUUUGAGAAAGACAGUGAUUUGGAGUCGUUCCAUGGUUUUGAGGAUUCAGAAAUAAUAGAACAUUAAGUUAUCAUAUAAAUUUAAUCAUAUUUUUUAAAUCUGCAAGCGUUUUGUGUGCCUUGUGCCGAUUUUAUUUUUGGAGAAUAAAAUGAACUGCUCUUUGAGAAAGUAAAUGUAGUAGGUCAUUGCUUGC